AUGGGUAACCAAAAGCUACUGAUCCUUUGGGUGUGGAUGUUACUGGUUGCAACGUUGUGUCCUUGGGCCAACUGCAAACGUGGAGGAGGUUUUGGUGGCAGGGGUAAAGGAGGUGGUGUAGGGGCCAAAGCGCCUCCGUCCCAGAGCAAAGGAUCAUCGAGGCAGGGACUAAAACUGGCUGGUGCUGCAGCCGCAGGGGCCAUCGGAGGAGCGGCCAUCGGGUACGGUCUGGGUUCUUUGGGCAGGCCGAGGUACGGCCACUCUGAUGAGGACAGGCGCUAUUACUACCCUGAUGGACGUGAAUACUACAAUGGCUCAGACUGGAGGAAUAACAAAAACGCAGCUGGCGCGGAGCACAUGGCCAGUAUCUUCAUAUCACUUGCAACAGUGACACACGUCUUUAUGUGGAACUGA